AUGAUGUCAGCAACACCAUCGACAACUACAACCAAUACACCAACUACCACCGCCACCACCUCACAAAUUAAACCAAACGCUACAUUGCGUGGUGUCGUUCGUGCAGUGAAUUCAGGUGACAGUUUGGUGAUCCAAGAGAUCGACCCAAGAGGUGAAUACCAACAAAAGUCAGAGUACUUGUUGUCGGGAAUCAGUGCACCUCGUCUCGGUCGUCCAGCUCUCAACGACAAGCCAGCCACUACAGACGACGCCUUUGCAUGGGACUCACGUGACUACCUCCGUAAGAAAUGCAUUGGAAAGCGUGUCAACUUCUCGAUCGAUUACACCAACCCAGCCUCAAAGAAAUCAAACAUCACUGCCUUCCUGGUGGACGAUGCAGUGAACUCACUCAACAAACAGAUGGUAGAGUCGGGUUGGGCCACCGUCUACAAAUCCAAGAAGCCAGAUCCCGUCCUUCUCCAACUCGAGACUGAGGCUGCCUCAAAAGAACUCGGUGUACAUAAUAAGAAUCCAGUUGCACUCAAGGGUGCUGUUCGUCCCAAUCACACUAUCAACAACUUUGAUCUCUUUAACAAAUUAAAGGGAAAACAACUUCAAGGACUUGUUGAGAAUAUUAGAAAUAGUAAUACUUAUAAAGUUGUAAUUUUACCAUCAUUCCAUCUUGUUCAAGUACAGUUGUCAGGUGUUCAGUCACCAGCAUAUAAGAAGGAUGCUAGCGGUCAAAUGGCACCAGAGCCAUUCGCUGUUGACGCAGAGACUUUGGUUGGAAAUAACGUUCUCCAUCGUGAGAUUCAAUUGACUUUGGAUACAUUCGACAAGCAAGGUAAUUUGUUUGGAUCUAUACAUUGUGCCGGUAAGGAUGUUGCCGAGGAGUUGCUUCGUCAAGGUCUCGGUACUUUUGUUGGUUGGAGUGCCAAUUCGCGUUCCGCUGCCGACCAAAACAACUUGAAGACCGCCGAACAAUCUGCCAAGACCGCCGGUCUAAGAAUGUGGAGCACUGGUGCCGGUGCUUCUGCAUCUUCCACCUCAACCACUUCCACCUCGUCGGCCUCCACCACCUCUGGCUAUCCAGAUGCCAUCGAAGGAAAGGUCGUUGAAAUCGGAAACAGUGGAAACAUCACCAUUUUGGAUGCCAACAAAAACGAACAUAAAGUUGCUCUCGCUUCGAUUCGUGUACCAAAUCUCAUUCGUCCAAACGACAACGAGCAAUCGAAAUCAAAGGAAGAACAAAAACUCAUUAAAUUCGAGCGUUACUGGGCAUUCGAAGCCAAGGAAUGGCUCAGAAAACACCUCAUCGGUAAGCAAGUGAACGCCAAGCUCGAUUUUGUUAGACCAGCUAUCGCUGCCUCUGAACUUCCAGAGAAGCCAUUCUACAGUGUCUACUUGGGCAAGGGUAACGUCUCCCUCGGACUCGUCGAGGCUGGUCUCGCUCGUGUCACCGAGCACAAGGGUGCCGACUCACGUUCGAUCGACUACGAAGCUUUGAUUCUCGCCGAGAACAAAGCCAAGAAGAGAAACGCCGGUCUCCACUCCAACAAAGACUCCACCCCAACCUUUAACGUCAAGGAUUGCUCUGCAGCCGACGACAAGAAUCUCAAGACCAAGGCCACCCAGCUUUUACCACACAUCAAGGGAUCGUUACACGGUGCCUCUAUCGACUAUGUCUUUAGCGCUCAACGUUUCAAGAUCUACAUUCCAAAGGAAUCGUGUUUGAUUAACUUCUCAUUGAGCGGUGUCCGUGCACCAAAGCGUGGAGAGUCCGUAGAGAUGGACGAGAUCUCCAACAACGCUUUGUUGUUCUCACGUGCCAAUUUACAUCAACAUGACGUCUCUGUUCAAAUCGAAGACGUAGAUAAGGGUGGUAAUUUCUUGGGUAAUAUGUUGGUCAACAGCAAGAGUUACGCUAUGACUUUGGUCGAGAAUGGUUUUGCCAGUGUUAACGACCCAAUGAACCGUCUCUACAAUCAAAAGGCCUAUUUGGACGCCGAAGACAAGGCCAAGAAGAGCAAGUUGGGAAUGUGGAAGAACUACGAUCCAGAAGCAGAGCAACGUCAAUACGAAGCACAACUCGCUGCCGAGGCUGAGAAGCGUGCCGUCAAGAACGAAGCCAGUGAAGUCAUCAUCUCCAGUGUUAUCUCACCAACCGAACUCUUUGUUCGUCCAAACAACAGCAACACCACCGAUAUCGAAGAGUCACUCAAGAAGCUCGACUUGGACGACGCUCAAGUUCCAAACUGGUCACCAAAGGUAGGUGAUCUUGUAAAUGCCCAAUUCAGUGCAGACAACAAGUGGUACCGUGCCAAGGUACAAUCGAUCGAAGGAAAGGAUGUCAGAGUGCAAUUCUACGACUAUGGAAACUCUGAGACCACCACCAUCAACAAAUUGAAACCACUGUCUGCCAAAUUCCAAUCGUUGGCUCAACUCUCCUACCCAGUCAACUUGGCCUAUAUCAAAUGCUCCAGUUCCGAACAACGUAUUGAAGAUGCUAUUAUUUUCUUGGAAGAUGAGUUCCUCGGUAGCUCAAUGAAUAUGUCUGUCCAAUCAAAGGAGGACAACGGUAGACUCAAUGUUUUGCUCCAAGACGGUCAAGGAUGUCUCAACGCCGAACUCUUGAGAAAUGGUCUCGUUAAACUCGAUCCAGCAACCAAGAGAAACCCAGUCGUCGUAAGCAAACUCGCCGAUGAAGAAAAGCACGCUCUUUCCAAACGUCUUGGUAUGUGGGAGCACGGUGACGUCACCAGUGAUGACGAAGAUGAACAACCAAAGUUUGGAAGAGGUAAAGGUGGUAGAGGUGGAAGAGGUGGAAGAAAGUAA